AUUUUUCCUUAUCAAUUAGAGUUAUCGUACCAGUGAUGAAAAUAAGCAGACUAAUUUCUUAAUUUAACUCGUGCAAGUGUCCAAUAUAAAAUGAAUAUUAAUCUGCGUAAUAGUUUAAGAUUAUUUAAUUUUACAAAAAUAAAAUCCUUCGAGUGCAGCUCUCGAAGCGCAUCUCAGUAUUAUCCAAUUGAUGAGAAUAUUUUUGGAUUAAAUGACCAACAAAAAGAGUUAAGAACGGCUGUUUUUAAUUUUGCGCAAAAAGAACUGGCCCCAAAAGCUGCGCAAAUAGAUAAAACAAACAACUUUGAUGACCUACGGUCAUUUUGGAAGAAGCUAGGAAGCUUAGGCCUCUUAGGAAUAACUGCAAAGCCAGAGUAUGGAGGCACAGGUGGAAGUUAUUUGGACCACGUUAUCGUGAUGGAAGAAUUAAGUCGCGCUUCCGCUUCUAUCGCCUUGAGUUACGGCGCUCACUCGAAUUUAUGCAUCAAUCAGAUCCAACGAAAUGGAACUGAAGAGCAGAAACUCAAGUACCUGCCAAAGCUGUGCAGCGGGGAGCAUUUUGGAGCUUUAGCAAUGUCCGAACCAGGUUCAGGAUCCGAUGUCGUGUCAAUGAAAACGAAAGCUGAAAAACACGGCGACUACUACAUUCUAAACGGCAAUAAAUUUUGGAUCACUAAUGGAUGUGAUGCAGAUACACUUGUUGUUUAUGCUAAAACAAAUUUAACCACCGACAAACCACAGCAUGGCAUAACUGCGUUCAUUGUUGAAAAAGGUACCGAAGGAUUUACCAAUGGAGUUAAAUUGGACAAACUUGGCAUGCGCGGUUCUAAUACAGCGGAAUUAAUCUUUCAAGAUUGCAAAAUACCCGCGAAGAAUAUAUUAGGCCAGUUAAAUAAAGGUGUCUAUGUUUUGAUGAGCGGGUUGGAUUUGGAGAGACUGGUUCUAGCUGGUGGUCCAUUGGGGAUCACUCAAGCUUGCUGCGACAUAGCGUUCCAAUACGCUCAUGACCGCAAACAAUUCAAUAGAAGAAUAGCUGAGUUUCAAAUGAUCCAAGCCAAGAUAGCUGACAUGUACACUACUCUAAGUGCAAACAGAAGCUACUUAUACUCUGUAGCCAGAGCUUGUGACGCGAAUCACAUAAAUCGUAAAGAUUGCGCUGCAGUUAUUCUUCUCUGUGCAGAAAGCGCGACAAAAGUUGCGUUAGAUGCAAUUCAAAUCCUUGGAGGAAAUGGAUACAUCAAUGAUUACCCAACGGGUCGCUUGCUGAGAGACGCAAAAUUGUAUGAAAUAGGAGCAGGAACGAGUGAAAUCAGAAGAAUGAUAAUCAGUCGAGAAAUUACUGAGGAGUAUUCUUAAAUUAAUUUUUUUUAUAUGAUGUGUUUAUUUUGUUUAUAUGAUAUAAAUGACAAUAGAUCUGAUUAAUUAAUA